CUCCAGGAUCGCAGCGUCACAAUGUAAACAAGCCUGUCGAACCAAGCUCAAGCUCAAGUUACAACUAAGCGACCCGGUACCGCCCUCGAAGCCCUCAGCGCUGUUCUCUGGCAUUCCGCGCAAAGACCCACCUCACAAGACACCAUGUCUGCCGAGAAGAGACCCGCGUCCGACGACCCCUCGGGUCAACUGGUGGUCAAGCGCCAGAACCUGGGCGAGAGGGCUCUCGCAAGAGCCAAUGCCUCUGGCAGCAGUGCCCUGAUACAGUCGACACCACGGACGAGCGGCCUUCAAGCUCCGGUGAUGGAGCUGUCUGGGCAUUCGGGGGAGAUCUUCACCGCGAAAUUUGACCCCAGCGGAAACCUGAUCGCCUCCGGUUCAAUGGACCGCAGUAUCAUGCUCUGGCGGACCUACGGCGAUUGCGAGAACUACGGCCUGUUGACCGGCCACCGCGGCGCCGUCCUAGACCUCCAGUGGUCCCGCGACUCCGAGAUUCUCUUCUCUGCCUCGGCCGACAUGCACCUUGCCAGUUGGGACCUGACCUCCGGGCAGAGGAUACGGCGCUAUGUUGGCCACGAGGAGGUUAUCAACACGUUGGACAUCAGCAAGCGCGGCGAGGAGACGUUGAUCAGCGGCAGCGACGACGGCACGAUAGGCAUAUGGGACCCGAGGACCAAGAACGCGGCAGACUACAUCGAGACACAGUUCCCCAUCACAGCGGUCGCCAUCUCCGAGGCUGGCAACGAGAUCUAUUCGGGCGGCAUCGACAACGACAUCAAGGUGUGGGACAUACGGAAGAAGGGUGUGGUUUACUCCAUGCUGGGACACCAGGACACCAUCACCACCCUCAGGGUCUCGCCAGACUCGCAGAGCUUGUUGUCAUACUCGAUGGACUCGACGGCACGGACCUGGGACAUUCGGCCGUUCGCACCGACCGAGAGGCACAUCCGCACCUUUGAUGGCGCGCAGGUGGGCAUCGAGAAGAACCUGGUGCAGGCCAGCUGGGACAAAGAUGGGAAGAAGAUUGGCGUUGGCGCCGGCGACGGCACUGUUGUCAUUUGGUCGAGCGACAACGGCAAGCUACUCUACAAGCUGCCGGGCCACAAGGGCACUGUGAAUGUUGCGGAGUUUGCCCCCGGCAAAGACCCCAUUAUCCUGUCGGCUUCAGCAGACCGGACAAUGCUGCUCGGCGAACUGAGGUGAGAUUGUGACAUCAGGAGGGAACCGACUUGUGUUUUACCAGGAGAAGGGACGACAAUAUGGCGACUCUACAGCACAGACCAAGUGAUCCGAUGGCACGGUCUUUCACAGACCGCGAGAAAAAUUGCGGGUGUUCGUCUCAAUAUGUAUGGAGACGUUUCGGCGGGCCCUUGUGUGGGUCGGUCGUGGAGUGAGUCUGGCACAUUGAGAAAUUGUCAUGUGCUGAUGACACGCGAGUCCUGGCCCAGUUCGGGACCCGGGGACAGUCCGCACUCGCCGAGCCGGAUGCCGCAGCAUGCGGCUCAAGGUCGUGACGGGGACGUCGUAGGAGACUGGGCGAGCGGCAUAAAAGCAGGGCGCGGUGGACAAUGAGACCCGGCCGGCCGUCUCGCGAGACCUCGGCAGGCAGCCAGGCAGUUCUAGCAGUCAGGAAGUCAGGCACAUGCGACUGUGGCUGUGCCGUCCGCCUCGUAGGGGCUCUGGACUUGGGACGGUGAGGAGAAUGUUUGAUGCGUGCUGGCGUACAACCACGUGCAUCGCCCUUUGUAUCAGAAUCCCCCGCGAUCUCACCAUUCAUCUGAUGACGCAUUCGUGGAGUCGAUCGGAACUCGUUACGCCUUACGCCUUGUGAAACUUGAUAGGCACAAUCGCAGGCGGCAAUCAAUCGCGAGGGGGAAAUAGUUCCCUGGGCUCGCCUCGGUCCAGUUGUCGGACUUUGCAUCAGUGAAAGCCAAAAUAAUGAGAGCGAUCAUGCCUUUCAGCCUUGUCUCUCGUCUACCCGCGUCGGUUCAUGCAACUGACUUGUCCACAAGACGCCGAGAUGGAGGUGGUGACGUUGUGGCUGCCGGCGGCACCUGUCUUUUGAAAUAACCUCAAUAAAGUGAGAAACAACGGGCCCAACGAUUGGGCUGGAGUGUCUCUCAGCUCACAACUCAAAAUGUUGCUUCACGAGGUAAUAUUUCGCAGCCCGGCCGCCCGCCCGCCCACCAACGACGACAACGUCACACCAAGACAAGAGCUUGGCGGUAGCGAGGCCCGGACGAUUGGCCAGAGGCCGCCACGGAGGGCCAAGGUGAAACAGCAUCCCAAGAUUUCGGAUCCCCCCCUGCAUCCGCGCAAAUGGGGGCCCCCCUGAUUCAUGUAAAACAGAUGCAGCUUAUUUUCCACCCAAAGCUGGGAAAGCUGUAACGGAUGGUGUGGGGCCCUAGCCAAUCUCGACCUUUGCCCUCGUCGAACCCCUACGGGACUUGGGGGAGCGUCGAGCGCCGUUGACGGCUCUCAUCAGUUCAUCGUUUUUUUUUUUGCCGGUCCUCUAGACCUGGCUGGGGUCGGUCGUACUACCAACUUGGUACACUGUGGAGUAGCCUCAGGGGGGUGCCAAACGGCGCGUAUGGGGUUGCAGUACAUGCAUGCAAGGGACAUAUAGAUCAGUGGCAGAGGAAAUUACCGCCUGUUAGCCAUGUUGCAUGCAAAGACGAUGGGCGGCGGGAGGAAGAUUGCGUAGAGAGACAGAGACUGAGAGACAGCGAGCCCACGGGCCGGCGGAUUCGAGGUGAAAUAAGCUUGCACACGCAGACACACCAUAGAUGGGAUGGACCUGAGAACGCCACGGCAUCUGAAGCGGACC